AUGCGCACGAUCGGACUGAACGCAUUCGACCGCAGCGACGUGGCAGUCGUCUCGACGGACGGCUGUCGGUUCGAGCUGAAACCGCUGGAGUCGGAAGUGGCCCGCGAGCUGAUCCGCCUCGGAACGAUCAGUCCUCGUUCGCUCAAAAAGAACAUACUCGUGCCGUUCUCCUCUCUCACUGUAAUCGUAAUUCAUCGAAAUCGCACUGAAAUGGAUGUGUUUUCAGGUUAAAUACUUACUAGAUACAACUCUUCUGAAGUCGAUCGAAGAAGAAGAGGAAUGGAUUUCUCUGGAAAACGCGAUGGAGGAAAUCUGCGGAUUCGCGAAGCAAUACCCGAAGAUCCGGACCGCGCGAGACACCAUCUGCGACCUCAUGAUGUCCACUCUCUCGGAUCAGAACUGCUUCCUGCUGCUCAAAAAGUUCAAUCAAUUCGACUGCCCACUCCACGUGGCAAAGGCGUUCGUAUACAUCAAGUACAAUCUCGUCCGGAUGGUUCUGAUCGAGCGCACCGUCGACAUGGAGUUCUUCCGUUUGCCGCCAGAAGAUCUGAAGAUGCUCUUGGAUGCGGAUGAUCUUAAUGUGGACAAGGAGGUUCAGGUGGCCGAGAUGGCCAACAAAUGGAUCGCCAUCGACUUCUCGCGAAGGGAGAAGUUCCGUCCGAUCCUGAUGUCCUCGGUCAGAUUGCAGGCGCUUCCCGAGCAGGUUCCGAACACACAACUCUAACGAUCCCCUUCAGUAACCCCUUUUCAGAUGGCCGGAAUGCUCGCCGACUAUGAUCUUUCGCGAAAAGCGCCGCGCAAGACGCGCGACGUUCUGAUUAUCGUCGGCGGAUGGCUCCACAAGAAGGGAUGCAAUCGUCUGGAAUGGUUCGACCCGGAAGUCAAAGUGUGGCGCGUCUGCCAGCAGUCUCUUCCGAUGCCGCUCGCCUACCACGGAUCCGUCAUUCUCGACGAUCAUUUGUACGUGUUCGGUGGCUCGAACGGCACGCGAACUCGCUGUGAGACGUGGAAGAUGUCACCGAAGACGUGGCAGUGGCAGCGGUGCGAUAACAUGAUGGAGCCGCGCAACUACAUCUCGAACAGCUCGGUCGCCUACGACGGAAAGAUCUACGUGUUCGGCGGGCAGAACUGGCGCGAGAUUACGCGAAAUAUGCACAGAAGUCGGACGGGCGAGGUGUACGAUCCGAUGACUGACAGAUGGAAUCCGACUGCGUAGGCGGUUAUCCGUGACACCUCCUCCCGAUGCUUCCGUUUCAGACCCCUCCAGGACAUGCGCUCCGAUUGUGCGGCGGCCGUCUUCGAAGACAACAUCUACGUUUGCGGCGGGUUCAACGGCGACGUCCUGCUCUCCUCGGUGGAGGUGUACAAUCCGCUCAACAACUUCUUCGUCCGUCUCGUGAAUCUUCCGUACCCGUUGUCCGGACACUGUCUUCUCGUCUAUCAGCAUCAGCUGUUCAUAGUCGGCGGAUUCAACGGAGCCGAGCGGCAGACGAAGGUGCUCGUGUGGAAUCAGGCCGGCGAAUGGAUGAUGCACGACCAUGAGCUCAUCCAGGGAAGGUCGACGAGCGCCGUUUGCACGUACAAAGGGAACGUGGUCGUGGUGGGCGGCUACACGAAUCAGGUCGAGAGCACUUGCGAGACGUGGGUAUUCAGAAGCAACUUUAGCCUAUGAAAAGAAUAUUCAGUUUGCUCUACGAGCAUGGAUCUCCUGUUUUGGAGCUUCCGAAUCUGUUGCGAGCGAAAAGUGCAUUGAGAGUGCUGGUGGCGCCGAACUGGAGAGAUCAUCUGGAGCGUCGUGGCUCUUGGUCGGGAGACUCCGAAUUGGACUUGGACAAGGACAGCGAUGACGAUUUCGAAACGAACUCGGCCGUUUCCUUGGGAUUCGAACCGAACAACCCCAAUGCUUGA